GGGGGGGUGUCCUUUAGGGAAAGGCUGGUAGAAGGGGAGGAUCAGUGAGUCAGAUCACUGUUUCUGGAGAAUCUAUGACCUCAGGCAGCAUAAAGCUUGUCACCAAAGACGCAGCAGGCAGCCUCAGACUCUCAGCCGACACAAUAGGCGCCACAGUGCAGCAGCUCGCAGCGAAGAAACACAAUGAUGGAGGAAGGACCUUACAAGUACAUCAGGGACGGGAGCGGCAAGGCCAGCCGGGUCAUCAGGAUCGGGACCCGCAAGAGCCAGCUGGCUCGCAUCCAGACAGACAGCGUGGCCGACAAGCUGAAGGAGCUCCACCCUGACGUCCACCUGGAGAUAGUUGCCAUGUCGACAAUGGGAGAUGUAAUCCUUGACAAAGCUUUAUCAAAGAUCGGUGAGAAGAGUUUGUUCACCAAAGAGUUGGAGAACGCCCUGGAGAGGAAUGAGGUCGACCUGGUUGUUCACUCGCUCAAAGAUCUUCCCACCAGCCUGCCUGCAGGAUUCACCAUCGGCGCCGUGUUGAAGAGGGAGAACCCCCAUGAUGCCGUGGUGCUCCAUCCGAACAAUGCGGGGAAAACUCUGGACACUCUGCCAGAGAAAAGUGUGAUUGGCACGAGUUCAUUACGGCGCGCUGCCCAGCUGAAGAAGAGGUUUCCCCACCUGGAGUUCAAAGAUAUCCGCGGGAACCUGAACACGCGUCUGAAAAAGCUGGAUGAGAAGGAUGACUUUGCUGCCAUCAUCCUGGCUGCUGCCGGCCUUAAAAGGAUGGGCUGGGAGAACCGGAUCAGCCUGAUCCUGGAGCCUGAAGACUGCAUGUACGCUGUUGGCCAGGGAGCUUUGGCAGUGGAGGUCCGGGCCAGAGACACAGAUAUCCUGGAGAUGGUGUCUGUCCUCCAUGACCCUGACACCGUGCUGCGCUGCAUCGCUGAGAGAGCCUUCCUCAAAGAACUGGAGGGCGGCUGUAGUGUUCCUGUGGCUGUGCAUACCAAGGUGAAGGACUCACAGCUCUAUCUGACCGGUGCUGUGUACAGUCUAGACGGCUCAGAGAGUCUUAAAGAAACCAUGGAGACCAGCAUCGCUCCUGGUGACAAGCAGAGCCUGGAGAAUGUGGACGAGCGGGCCCAGAGAGUGGGAGUCACGGCAAUCAAGCUCCCUGCGAAUUCUCUGGACGCGGCUGAGCGGCUGGGCGUCGACCUAGCCAAAUUACUGCUGAGCAAAGGAGCCAAGGAGAUCCUGACGGUGGCACGGCAGCUCAACGACGCCAGAUAAUGCCAACUCCCCCCAACCGAAGGGGCUAUGUGUGUUCAGUCUGUCAUAACCUUGUUUCAAGUAUAAACUCAACCUCUCCUAUGUGAGGUCGGUGUUUUUAAUCGCAUCGUGUAAGGACAUCCAACACUACUUGAACCAAAGUUGUGCUCAGAGCAUCAGUUUGUCAGGAGUCCCUUCUGUUUGUGGGUCAUACUUUGGGUGCUAGCCUGAGUUACCUCAUGGAACCAUCUCCUUAACACACACACAUCAGCCCACUGGGAUUAUCAGAAAGAAACAAGCUCUAGCCUUCUGACAUAGUCAACACAGACAGUACCAUUUACAUGUUUAACUUUAUAUCUGUGCUAACACAGAGAGGCCAGUGGGUCCAGGAUGUUUCAAUUCCAUCCAUGUGUUGGAUGGUAGUGAAACAUAGCUGCAUCAUCAUUAAAAGAACAAAUGUGCCCUUUGAAUAACUUCACUAUGCAUGUUCUGAAUACAGCCUUCCAACACGUAUUUUUAUUUUUUAUUUUUACAAUAUGCAUACUACCUCUUUAAGAGAUCAAAUAUAUUUAUGACAGUAAGCUGAAAGGGAUUUUAACCGAUCCUACAUGUACCAGAACUGGUGAGUGAGGCUAAGAUCUGCACAGCUUUGCACUGAACCAGACUUUUAUUGCUUGACGGCAAUUUAAAACCUGAAGCUGUAAUUUCAAUCCAGUCUCUUCGGCAGAGUUCAGUUUCCUCUUCUGAUUGUACAGACAGAAUUGGAUUGUUUUAGGUUUUAUUAAUGAUGUGCAAAAUGUUCACACAUGAAUACCACUGUGAAAUCUUUCUGAUUUAAUCUCAAGCAGCGUAUUUCAGCAACGCUGCAGUUACUCUAGCGGAAUCGCAGCGACGUUAUUUUCACAUAAAUUUAAGAGUAUAAUUUGUACCUGAUCUAACAGCUUUAACAGAAACUUUUAAAAAGUAGCUAUUAUUCCUUCGGUUGCUGAAAGUUAAGUUAAUGUUAUAGCAUUUAUUUAUUCUUAUUUUGAUAGAUGUGUUACUGUGCAGAAAAUGUUUUUGUGUUUUUCCUAGAGCACCCCUGUUAAAUUAUCUGUUCCCUGCUGUUUUCACGUUGCAGUUAUUAAGACAGACAUGUUGAGAUAUGUUUGUAGAUUAUGACUUCCCGUGCGUUUCUUCCCCAAAAAUAUUUCCAAACAAUUGAUUUUGUAUUGUAAGCAAGGGAAGAGUGUUACAAGCCUUCCUUCAGUCAGCUGACCGGCAGCGAGCAGCAGCAAGGGGGUGACCCACUGGUUUGGGUGUACUUCCAGACCAGGAACCGGUCCAUGUCCACUAAUGCAUCACUCAGAUUAUAUGUACCCUCCAAAUGAUCCAAAAUCAUAAGUGACUGAUAGAAAUUAAAAGUGUAUAUUCUAUUCUAAUGGUUUUAAAUGAUUAUCCCUUUGUCAAUCUUUAAAUGUGGUCUAAAAAUAUGUGUAUGCUGUUAGAAGGGACAGGGUGCUUGUUCUCUCUCUAUUUAAUCUUUAUCCAUAAAUGUGGGUCUCUGCACCAGAAACACUUGUGUGUUAGCUCCUGAGCGUUCACAUCGUUUCUGCAUCUGGAUCCAGACAACACCGACAUGCAGGAGGAGUCUGAGACAGUAAAAUGUUAAAAGUGUAAUUUUGUGGAAGCACGUUGCACUAAAUAAAACCAGAUCAUGUAAAUGAAACGGAUUGACUUGAUCCUAAUAGUCUUCUGGAAGCUGUAAACGCUGCCUUAAUGAUGUCCUCCUACAUGCUACGCUCUAUGUUACUCCAUCUUGUUGAAUCGUCUAACAGUGCAAACCUGUUUUUCCUGAAUGUCACUGCUUCUCUGACCCAGGUGCCAUCUGUCUACACUGUAUGAUUUAUGCCCAAGUGAACUGCAUAUCUGCCUCCUAAACAGUAUUCUCUGUUCUCUUGCAUUGAUACUUCCCAGUCAGGCUAAAUGUUUCACCAACACAGUUAGUUUCAUACUAUAUUGUUCAUUUUACUUUAUAGACUUGUAUAGGUUUUCAUAAUUUAAGCCUCUUGUUUUGAAAAAAGGAGGUAAUGCUGGCUAUAAAUCUGUUUCUUCAGCUUUAAUUUGUAUUUUAAUCAACAAGCUGUUUUCUAGAAAAACAGCUCUAUGUCAAAAACGUAUAUUGCUAACAGAGAAACAUUUGUCAAUAAAGAUAAUGUGUGUUGAACAUUU